CAGAUCGAUUAAAUUUAUGUAAAAUAUUGAAUGUUCUCAUAUCAUAUCCUCGAUUUUAUAUAUGUAUCAAAUAUCUUCCUCAUCCUCAUUCCAACUAAACCAUCAUCCUCUAUUUGAUACUCAACCAAAAAUCGUCCAGUUAAUUUCUUGCUCACGCGGUAGUAAUACCAAGUUAUCAACCACAAUGGCAAUUCAGAUAAAAAAAUGGUCCUUUCAGCUUAAAGAUGAUCAAGUCAUCACGAAAAUUAUGAUAAAUCAUGGAUACAUUGUCGAUGGAAUUGGCUUUGAAAUUAUGGGUCUAUGUGGGAAAACUAUAGAGUGGUUUACAGGCCCCGGUGGAUCACUUUCUGAGAUUCCGUUAAGUGUUGGUGAAAAGUUGACCCAUAUUAGCGGGACAUACGGGAUGUACUUAGAGGAGAUAUGCAUCACUGCGAUGAGGAUACACACCAAUUUAUGCCCAGAGGGGUAUGGACCAUAUGGUGAGGCCAAGGACGCCGAUGACGUAACACCUUUUUCAACUCCUCUUCCACUGGAUGGUUCUAUUGUUGGGUUUCUCGGAUCCAAUGGAGAAUAUUUAAAUUCUAUUGGAAUUUAUAACGGGCGCAAAAUGAUCAAAGAAUAUGGGCCAUAUGGUAACAAAGAAAGUUCAACAAACUGGUACAUUGAGCUUAAUGAUGGUCAGCGAUUUUCCAAAGUAUUUAUCAAACAUGGAUUCAUUGUCGAUGGAGUUGGGUUUGAAGUAUCAAGCCUUACCGGAAAAACCUACACCCAAAUGUUUAGUGGGCCUGGCGGGGAAACUACAGAGAUUGAAUUGGAUGAAAACGAGUUUAUAACACAAAUAAGCGGGAAGUAUGGAAAGUACCUUGAGAAGGAUAUCAAAAUUGGUUCGAUAACGAUCCAUACCAAUUUAGGUCGUUCAUAUGGACCAUAUGGACGUGAUGAGCAGGUCACAGAAGCUAAGCCUUUCGCAACUCCAGUGCCAUUAGAUGGCACUAUUGCUGGUUUUAAUGGAUCCUAUGGAAUUUACCUUAACUCAAUUGGAAUUUCUGACAAGUACAAGAAGGUUGACAAGUACGGGCCAUAUGGACGUGCUUAAUGCUAUUGAAGCUUAUGGUCGGAAUGUGUGUUUCGCAAUUGCUUACGUGUGCUCGAUGCGGACUACAUGAAGAGCGUCGUCAUCUUUAAUUUUUAUUUUUCUUUUUCCUAAUGUUUGUGUUUCUUUUUUCAUUUUUCAUUUUUCUUUUUCCUAAUGUUUGUGUGUGUGUUUUUUUUCGAAUAAACUCUUUUCUUUCUUUUUGAAUUUGAGCUCAGAGUUUGUUGUGUUGUCACUUAUAUUUCGUUUUUGUUGACUCUGAAUAUCAAUGGACUUUUCUUUUACUCUAAAUUGAAGUAUUGAACUAUUGUCCUCUAUUAUUUCUUUUUCUUAUUGUUAUACAUAAGAGAGUAAAUUUAUCAUGUGAGGUUGUAUGACGAUAUAUCAUAGAUAUAGAUGCGUGAAUAAU